AUGGGCCAGGCCUGGGGCAGCAGCUCAGCACCUCCAGCACGUCCUCCAGCUUUGUCCACCGGUGCUCGCGGCCCGACGGGCCAGCCCGUCCAAGCAGGCUGCUCACCCGGACUCUUGCUCCGCAGAGGUGCCCCUGGCUCGCCUUCAUCAUUCCGGACACCGGGGCUCCGGAGGCAAGGGCGCAGCCCCGGUCGUCCACGUCCUCGAGGCCCGGCACCGGGCACCCGCGCGCCGGACUAGGCCCACUCGGCCCUCGCCCUGGAGGCCUUCCGGUGCCCGGCCUCGGGCCACGCCGGCCGCCUGUGGGAGCAGCUCCGGCAGUUCUGGGCCGACCACUUCUCGCGGCGCUUCUCGCCGCGGCGCCCGCCGCUGCGCCGCAUCUCCUCCAUGUCCACCUUCUACCUGCUGGACCACCGGACGCGCCAGGCCGAGCUGGGCCUCAGCUACGGCGCGCCGCGCAUGCGCCUGAGCGACGAGGGCUUCGUGUUCCGCGGCGGCCGGUGGACCACCGAGAGGCUGCCGGUGCGGUCGCGGCCGCCGCUGUCCUCGCCGACCGUCUCGGGCUGGAAGCCGCCGGUGCCGCGGGUCAGGAGCCAGGUGCUCCUGGAGGAGAACAACUACCUGAAGCUGCAGCAGGAACUGCUCAUGGACAUGCUGACCGAGACCACGGCGCGCAUGCACCUGCUGGAGAAGAAGCUCGACAGCCAGGCCAGCGCGGCGGCCGCGGCGCGCGCCUGGCCGAGGAAGAUGCGCAAACGCGAGGGCGCGAGCGGCGUGCUCAUGAUCGAGCCGCGCGCUCUGGAGUCGCGCUGACGCAAUAAAGCCCGUGCGGCGCACGCGCACUUCGCUGCUCGCCGCCGGCCGGGGCGCGGUCGUGGGCGGCGAAGCGGGCCUGGCGCGGGCUCCCGACUCGCGGGUAGGGACCGUCACCUAGUGCCCGGUGUGGACGGGUGACUCAGCCAGCAGCCGGUCCCGGGAGGGCGCGAUAGGGCUGUGGAGGAAGGUGUGUGUGUGCGGCCCGCUGGGAACGCGGGACGGGGAGCCGGGCUUGCAGCGGGCAGUGCCCGCGGAGCGGGGCGGGGAAGGGGCGCGAGGACGGCAAAAAGGAGCAGGCAGGGGCACUCUUGGCCCAAGGGACCGAGGACCGAGUCUUGGGGGGCAGCGAAACCUUGGGCGCUCAGUGAUGGAGGGUGCGGUGAGGUGGGCAGGCCGACGGGGUCGGGAACCUUGCUCCUGGCUCCCCCCGCCCUGGUUUAGAGGCGCGGAGCGGGCCAGAGGGGUUUCAGCCUGGGUCCAGAGUAAGUGUAUUUUACUCAGCUUUCUCGAACCUGGGCUCAGCCUCUCCCACCUGGCCGUGUGGCUUUGGGCGAGUCGCUUCGCUAUUACAGGCCUCGCUUUUUCUCCUCCGUAGAAUAAAGGGUUUGUCUGACCCAGGGUACAAACAAGCACUCCGGGGCAAAUCCUGUACACAGAUAGGAUUUGCUCCACCCACGUUGCUUAAAAAUUUUGCAUUCGUUGCCAACAUUUAAGAAUUUGGAGAUUUCACAUUAAAAAUCCAGAUUUCCUGUGUUCUCAUGAAGAAGAGUCUUGGCCACCACCCUGGACCUUCAUUCUGUCCAGCCAGCAGUUUCCUUGAGCUGAAGUGCGGCUGUCACCUCCUGGUCGCUUCACUCCUUCCUUGUUGUAGGUGUCUGAUUUUGAUCUCUUCCUAGAUGCCUUCUGGGUCAAUGUUCUUUCCCAGGACAUGGGGAGCCCAUUUCCCCAACCCCCAUACACACAAGGUACUAUAUAAGAUGCUUUGGGGAGUGGACACUGGUCCUGGCAACCGCUAACCUCUUCCCUGGAAUAUAGACCGUGCAUUUCUGCAUCCACUGAAACUUGAGACUGGGGACACAUUUCCCGAGGGCCAUAUGACAAGAGAGAGAAGUGGGUGUCCUGCCUCAGCCUUUGUUUCAGGCGCAGACUAGGGAUUACUAAACAUCUGCUUUGUAUAAAGAUGUGUCCUUAUUCAUUCAAGCAGCAAAACAAUACAAAACAGGUCAUUAGACACAAAAUUGAAAAACAUUGCUUUUGAGCAGUGCUUUUUUGUAUUUUAAUAAUUCUAUAUUUACAUUAACCUAGAUUAAACAAAGUAUUUAAAAUAGUUAUGAUGGUGAAAUGAAUUUUCCUUUUAAAAUAACUAAGAAAGUGGGAGGGCCUGGGUGGCUUAGUCGGAAGAGCAAAGUGACUCUUGGUCUCAGGGUCGGGAGUUCGAGCCCUGCAUUGGGAGUAGAGAUUACUUAAAAAAAAAAAAAAAAAAAAUCUUGGGGCACCUGAGUGGCUCAGUCGGUUAAGCGUCUGCCUUUAGCUCAGGUCAUGAUCUCAGGGUCCUGGGAUGGAGCCUCCCCCCCACCCUCAGCAGGGAGUCUGCUUCUCCCUCUCCCUCUCCCCCCCCAUGCUUUCUAUCUCAACUAAAUCUUAAAAAGAAUAAGUAAAAAUAAAAAAUAAGAUAAGAAAAAAAUAUAUACAGAGAAGGAAAUGAGAAGGGAAUCAAAAUGAUACACUAGAAAAAAAAUCAAACCCAAAAGAAGGGACUAAUGGAGAAACCAUAUAAGUGAAAGACGCUAGACCCAAAGGACCAUGUAUUUUGGGAUUCUGUUUGCUUUUUUUUUUAAGAUUACACGAGCGGGGGCGGGGGGGGGUGGCUGGGAGGGGCAGAGGGAGAAGCAGACUCCCCGCCUAGCAGGGAGCCUGAUGCAGGGCUCGAUCCCAGGCUGAGCCACGGCACCCUGACAUGAUUCUGUUUCUAUAAAAUAUCCAUAAUAGGCAAAUCCAUAGAGACAGGAAGCAGAUUGGUGGUUACCAAGGACUGGGGGGGGUGGGGGGUGGGAAGGAGCGAGGUACUGCUUGGCAGGUGAAGGGUUCCCUUUUAGACUGAAUAAAAAGGUUUUGGAACUGUUUGGUAAUGGUGGCACAACAAUGUGAAUGUUCUAAAAGCCACCAAAUUGUAUACACUUUAGUGAGUUUUAGGUUAGGCAAAUUUUAGACAAUAAAAAAAAAUGUAAAGGAAAGUGCUUUAUAUAAAAACAUGGAGUAAAAACUAUAUGAGGUAUGGGAAAAUAGCCAAAAUCGUAACAGCGAUCCAAGAAUGCCUAAAGUUUAGGGAAUAUUGCUUUGGCCAGACUACUUGAAAAUAAAUAGUUCUAGAGUAAAGUAUCUGUCCUGCUAGACCAGCAGCAGGCAGGCAGGGAGCCCCAUGUUUAGGGAAAGGCAUCCAAGUGGCUGAAGGGCCCAAAAUAAAUGGAGCAGGAUGAUAUUUUGAGAUAUCUGACUUUGUUCUUUUUGCUGUGGAAUUUCACCCCCUGACGAGGCAGCCAGGCUCAUUGCCCCAGGGAAGGAUGUGACAGAGCAGAAAGCAGGAACAAAGGACUCUUUGUGGCUUUCACCUCCCAGCUCAGAACUCUCUGGGUAUCUAGAGCUUUGCAAAAAAUAUUUUUGGGCUUGAAGAGGGAGGUCAAAAAGGUCACAGAUUUGUCAACAGCAAGAGGGAAGAUGAAGGGAAAUGGAAGUAGAGAACCUGGUAGAUCUUCCAUCUUGGAAAACCUAGCCUUUCUUGACCCCACAUGACUUUCCAGCUACUGCCCCAUUUCUCUGCUUCCUUUUGUAACUAAACUCCAAAAAGUUGCUUGUAUUCACUGUCCUCAAUUCUUCCCCUCCCUCUUCGCUCUUAAUCCCCCUCGAGUUUGGGUUUCUCACCCCCCACUCUCCCCAGCCUGCUCUCCUCACAGACGCCAUCACCCUCCAAUGUUAUUGACUUUGGCCAAUUCUCUGUCUUCGUCUUGGCCCAUUAGCCGCAUUUCUUGCUGUUGACCCCUCCUGCUCCUCCUGGAAACACUGUCUUCACCUGGCUUCCAAGGCACUACGAGCUCCUGGGCACUAUUUCCCUCCUUGCUCCCCAUUCCUCCUCCUCAGUAUCUGGCUGGUCUUACUCUCACUUCCUUCAGAUGUCUGCCUAAAUAUCACCUUUUCUGCGAGGUUUUCCCUGAUGACUGUUUAAAGGAGUCCGUCUUCUUCCCAACCCAACCAAAGUGGGACAACGGAUCCUCCUUGCCCUUUUUGUUUUCUAACGUCCAUAACCACUUGGCAUGCUAUUUUACUGUUGGUCUCCUCUGCCCCCCCCCCCCCCAACUAGGACAUAAGCUCCUCAGGGCUUUUCGUUCUGUUCUUUCCUGUAUCUCGUUGUAGAAAAGUCCUUAACAACACUUAGUAGGCCCUUUCCACAUACUUCUAGAAUGCACAAAGGUCUACAGAGGCAGGAACCUGAGUCCCAGGGAGCCGAUGGCGUGUGGCCUUUGGUAUUGUCCCAGAUUUCUGAUCCCCGCGAAGGCAAGAAAGGUGUACUAGAUGUUCUGGAACUUUUGGUUCCAUCCAAUCAGCCCACCUCUGACUUCAGCCACAGCAAGGGUAGAUGGCUCCGUGGACACUGUCAGUGCCUCAUUUCCAGCGUCUCCUGUCGCUUUCUCCUAAGCCUCAGGAGCUCUCUCAACCCCACAGGCCUAGCCUGGGAGUGCAGGUAAGCGAAUGCCUUCAGCCCAUAAGGGAUGGGAGCCAAAAUAGACUUUUUUUUAAAAAGAUUUUAUUUAUUUAUUUGAGAAAGAGAGAUCAUAAGCAGGGAGGAGGGGUAGAGGGAGAAGCAGACUCCCCGCUGAGCAGGGAGCCUGAUGCGGGACUCGAUCCCAGGACCCCAGGACCAUGACCUGAGCUGAAGGCAGAUGCUUAACUGACUGAGCCACCCAGGCGCCCCCAAAAUAGACUUUGUUGACUUUUCCUUCUGCCCUGUGUCACUCUCCUCACUCCCUCUCUCCCGUUUCCUGGAUUCAUCUACCAAAUCAACUACACCCAAGUUCUAGGCUCAAGCUUUUAUGGGGAUGCAAGCUAAAACAGUAGGGAGUAGCCCUAGAAGGGACACUGUGGGGUUAGGAAUCUAGAACUAUGGCUCAUCCACCAUUCAGAAGGCAACAGUGACUUCUCACCACUAUUGGUCAUUGGGUGGUGCUAACCCCUUGGGUCCUGGAGCAUGAGACUCUUACCUUCUGUAGACUGGAGUAAGACAGAAGUGGAGGGGAGAGCUUGGCUUAUGGAGUAGCUUUGGCACUUGAAAGAUAGGAGGGCAGCUGUAGCUACAAGGAUUAUGGAGGCGGCUAGUUUUUCUAAACCUGCUUUAGAAACUUUGCUGAAAGAACAUAAGGCUCAAGUGAACCCCCUUGACAGGGCAUGAUAUGAAAGCCAGAAAGUCUCCUGAGGCAACGUAAGGAAAUGCUCACUUUUGCAGCCAGGAAGGCAGAGCAUGCUGGCAGCGAGGCCCACGAUGUGAUCAUAAGGGCUGCAGAGCUGCAGAGGAGACCCGUCAUCCUCAGCAAUUUUCCUGUGCUAUAAAGUCAGGGCAUCGAGGGGGGUGCUAUGGAAUGGGAUCCUGAGGCCUGGCAUGGGGAUGUUUGGGUGGAUAUACCUAAGGAUCUUGAGCCCCAGAGCCCCCGAAUCCCCCUGGCCAGCAGCUGCUGCUUCCUUCCCCCACUUGAUAGAGAAGAAUAGCUCAUUUUGCCCGGAGGCCAUGCAGAGAUCGCACCUGAGCCGAUUGUCUUAUGAAAUGAUGCUCAUCACUGUCGAGAUCACCUCUGCCCAUUGCCUCCAAACCAACAACUAGAACUGGGCUCCGCUUAGCCUCAGCAGUGAAGCACAGUCCCUACUCUAGGAGGAAAUAGCUCAAUUGCCCAAAAAGUUGCAGCAACGGUCAAACCACAGGACCUAAGGGCAGCACGUGCAGGAGUGGAUCCUGAGGGUACUAGAUGGGGGUGGGAUAUAUAAUACUGGGUAACGAGUUGAUUGAUAAUGGGAGCAUUUCCCAUGACUCAAGACCUAAAGUCCUGCCAAGAACACCCAGAGCCUAUCCUAAUGCCUCCAGAAGUUUGGACACAUUGGUGGCCUCAGUCAAUGAGCUGGAGAUGCCAGAGUUGCCUUGAGCCGAGUUUGGAAGAAGGAGCCUGAAGGCUCAGGGCGAGUGGGGAUCUUAGAGUGGGUUUAUUACAUAAAACCAGAAGAUUGACCAUUUGUUCCUUUUUUUUUUUUUUUUUUUUUUUUACGAUUUUAAAAAUUUGGGGCACCUGGGUGGCUCAGUCAUUAAGUGUCUGCCUUCGGUUCAGGUCAUGAUCCCAGGGUCCUGGGAUCAAGCCCCGCAUCAGGCUCCCUGCUUGGUGGGAAGCCUGCUUCUCCCUCUCCCACUCCCCCUGCUUGUGUUCCCUCUCUUGCUAUAUCUCUCUCUGUCAAAUAAAUAAAUAAAAUCUUAAAAAAAAAAAGACUUUAAAAAUUUGAGAGAGAGAGCAUGAGCGGGGGGAGGGGCAGAGGGAGAAGCAGGCUCCCCGCUGAGCAGGGAGUCCCACGUGGGGCUCAUCCCAGGACUCCUGGGAUCAUGACCUGAGCCAAAGUCAGACAAUUAGCCGGCUGAGCCACCCAGGCGCCCCUAUUUGACUGUUCUUCGGCGGCUGCCCAGAGGAUGUCCCUCUGCUGAGGCAGUAGGGGAUGAGAUAGUGAGGGGGGCAUUGAGUCAUCUGGAAGCUGUUGGUGGCUGACCCUCAUGGGCCAGAGUUGACAGCAGUUGAUGCUGCCGUGGAGCUGGGUUUCCUAGUGUCACUGGAAAUGAGGGGAUUCUCGCAUGGCAUUUAACUGUUCGGAUGAGGAUGACGUGAUACCUAACAGAAGAUAGAAGGGCGUUCUUACCAUGCCUUGCAGCAAGAAGGGGGGUCUUGCUCCUCAGAGCUCUCUGGCAAUGCCAUGGUGUCCAUAGGGGCAAAAUACACGGGCAGCCAAAGGAGGCAGAGAGUGAGCGCUAGAUCGGGGUUGGGGAGCAAGGACGAGAGACGCACCUGCAGAGAUCUGACUUGCUGUUAAAAUGCCUUCGUAUCAGGUCAGUAUUUAGACGUGUCCUAGGAAAAGCUCCACCGUUGACGUGAAGUUUCUACCACUGCAGGAGAGCGGCAGGUGUGACAUACAAAGUAAGUUACACAGAAACAUUUUAAAACCACAUCCCCUGCACCCCUGAAAAUGUGGAGUGAGACGUGUCCUGCCUACAAAGCCUAACAAGGAGCCUGGGCAGUAUGAGACGCUGAGAAGUGUGACUGUGACGGACCACCUUUGGCUGUGUCUCAGCUCAGGUUGCUGUCAAAAUUCCAUAGACUGGGUGGCUUUUACGCAACAGAAGUUGGCGGGAAUUUCAAGAUCAGGGUGCCCCCGUGGCCGGGCGAGGGCUGUCUUGCAGAUGACCCACUUCCCCUUGUGUCCUCACGUGGCGGAGCAGGGAAGCAUGCUCUCUCACCACUCCUAAUCCCAUCAUGAGAGAUCUCUCUCUCUCCCUGAUCUCCGGAGGCCCCACCUCUCAAUGCCAUCACAUGGGGAGGUAGGGUUUUGCCAUAUGAAUUUGGGGGGGUGGGGGAGACACAGUCCCUAACAGGAUCAGAAGCAGGCUCAGCCGGCAGCAGUGAGGGGCCCCAGGACCUGCCGCUCAAGCCGCCCCACCGGCCCCGGGGACGGAUGGCAGCUGGGCGGGGACGGGGUCAACAAAAGUGCCCAGUGGUUCCAGCUGAGCCGGGGUAUGGUUGGUGGCACAACAGCGUCGGUGCAGUUACCACCACGGAACUGCACACUGAACAACCGUGGAGCCGGUCCAUCUCUCGUCCCGGGCAUCUUCCCGCGAGAAAAAGGAAGACCACGUGGUUGGCGGCGACGGUGCGGAGCCGGGUCCAGAGUGGAAGCGCAGCACGGCCGCGAGGAGGGGAGACCGUAGCCGAAAAACUGUGCGGAAGGCAGCCUGCACUCGCCAGACAGCCGUGCUUUCGAGAACAUGUGUAGCAUCCCAGGGAGAGGACCAGACGUGACGGCUGGGCGAGCGCAGACGCCGGCCCUGUGGCGGGGGGGACUGUGCCUCCCGCUUCCGGAGGGGACCCAGCCGGCCCGGUGUCUGCCACACAACCAGCUGCUUGCCCGCUCUGUCCGGGAGCGAAGCCUCACACCAGCUUUGUCCUUGUCCCGCUUCCUCGGGCUCCGUGCCACACAGCCGUCCCCGGUCCCUCCACCCUCGCGCCUGCCGCCCCCGUCGUCAGUUCGGACGCAGGCGAGUCUCUGCUGCUCCCGGGGCGCUCCUAGCAGGUGGACGCCCUCCCCCGAGCAGGCUGGGAGGCCCCCCGCGUGCAGCGCCUGGCCUGCCGCCCGUCCUCGGCGUGUCCAGAAUCAGGACGAGCGCGCUCAGAAGCCUGUGCCCAGGAUGUCCCAUGUGCACCCGCACACACGGGGGACAGGAUGCCACAGAAGCCUGUGCAGCCGCAGGGGACUGCGAGGGAGCAAAGGCCCACGGGACUCGCGCCGUGGGCAGGAACAGCACCGCGGGGAGAGAGGAGGCCUCGCGGGGGACCCUGGGGAGCACGGUGGCCUAGGGCUUCCGCAGGCACCGCUGUCCCUGGAGCCACAGAGCAGGAGCCUUGGCCCCUGCCCCCUUGGGAGCCACCACCAGUGGCCUGUCUGUUGCUUUUGUCCCCUCCUAAUAUAUUUAGCAAUACUGUGAUACCACCUACUCAGUCCGUUUUCAACUGGUCGGUGUCCCAGUUCUGAUCAGCCAGGGCUGAAUUGAAGUCAGGGGACGAAGCAACGUCUCGGGGACUCCGCGGGCUCACCGGGGGUGGGCUGGGUGUGGACCCUUGAGACCCAUGUCCUGGGGUUAUGCCAGCAGGUGCACAGCUCUCCUGGGGAAAGUGCAAGGCCGCUCAGUGGCUUGGGGGUGUGGAUGACCGUGGAGGGGGGCCUGUGCAUGGCCGCAGAAGUGAAAACAAAUGGGACUAGGGGGCAUGAACCCUCAUGCUGGGCAGGCCUCUGAAGACACACAUCAACCGGUCACAAUGUAUGGGCCUUAAUUGGCUCCUGAUUUUCAAACAAACUAACUGAAACAAACAAAACCACCAAUCCCACCCCCCAACAUAUAAGACAACUGGGGAAAGAUGGAAACAGACUAUUUAAUAUUACAGAAUUAUUAAAUUUUGUAGGCAUGAUAUAGAAGGGUUACAUUUUGCGUUUUUAAAAUCCUUAUCUUUUGGGGCGCCUGGGUGGCUCAGUCGGUUAAGUGUCUGCCUUCGGCUCAGGUCAUGAUCCCAGGGUCCUGGGAUCAAGCCCCGCAUUGGGCUCCCUGCUCAGUGGGGAGUCUGCUUCUCCCUCUCCCACUCCCCCUUGCUUGUGCGCUCUCUCAAAUGAAUAAAAUCUUUAAAAAAAAAAAAUAAUAAUAAUAAAAUCAUUCUCUUUUGGAGAGAAUUAGUAGAAUCCUUACAGAUGAAAUGAUAAGGUGUCUGGAAUUUGUUUCCAGGUGGUCUAGGAUGUGGGCAGGGGAAGUGGGUGGGGGUACAGAUGAAAAGAUGCGGUUAUAAGCUGGUACAUGAGGGCUCACCAUACCAUCCUCUCUACUUUUGUGUGGUGGAUAUUUUCCAUAAUAAAAUUUUUUUCAAAAGGAAAAAAGAGGGGGCGCCUGGGUGGCUCAGUCAUUAAGCGUGUGCCUUCGGCUCAGGUCAUGGUCCCAGGGUCCUGGGAUCGAGCCCGCAUCAGGCUCCCUACUCGCAGGAAGCCUGCUUCUCCCUCUGACCCUCCCCCUGCAUGUGUCCCUUUCUCGCUGUGUCUCUGUCUGUCGAAUAAAUAAAAUCUUUUAAAAAACAAACAAACAAACAAAUGCUGACACUUUAAAAAAAAAAAAAAGGAAAAAAGAGAAGCCUGAAUUUUCCCUGGAACCAUUAAAGAGAUUUAAUUAGUCAUUACAAAUCUCCCCGCAAAGAAAAUACCGAGCCCAGCUGGCUUCAUAAGGCAGGCUCCACCAUACUGGCAAGGAACGGAUCAUCUCAACCGGAAAAGAACAAACUCUUCCAGAGAACGGAAAGAGAGAACGUUCGUUCCUCAGCGCAUGACCAGCAUAGCCGAGAGCAAACCGUGUGCCAAAGAAAGCCACGGGCCAUUCUCACCAGGACGAUGGAAGCAAUUAAAUUAGCUAGUAAUAAAAAGAUAACUGCAAAAAUCCUUGCAAAAUAUUAGCAAAUCAAUUUCAGCAGUGUAUUAAAAUGGCAAUGUGUCAUGAUCAAGUUGUGUUUAUUCCAGGGAUACGGAGAUGAAUUAAUGCUGGAGAAUCUAUAAACGUACCAUACAAACAGAUUAAAGAAGGAAAAACCAUAUAAUAAAUGCCAAAAAAGUAUUUGAUAGAUAGUCCACCUGAAAAAAAAUUCUUCCUAAAACCUAGAAAUAGAAAGGAUUUUCCAACUAAAUAGAAGAUAUCGGGACGCCCGGCUGGCUCAGCCAUUGGAGCAUGUGACUGUCCAUCUUAGGGUUGUGAGUUUGAGGUCACGUUGGGUGUAGAGAUUACUUAAAAAUAAAUCUUAAAAAAAAGAUAUCGUCCAAAAACUUACAUUCAUGUUUUAAAAAUGUUAAGCAUCGUUUAUUAUCCUAUUUUGUGAACAACUAACUGCCGAUAUGCAAAGUGUAUAAUUUACGGGCGCCUGGGUGGCUCAGUUGGUUGAAUGCCUGACUCUUGAUUUCGGCUCAGGUCAUGAUCUCAGGGUCGUGCAAUCGAGCCCGGCGUCGGGCUCCACACUCAGCAGGAAGUCUGCCUGAGAAUCUCCCUCUCUCUCUCUCUCCCUCUGCCCUUCCUCCUGCACCUGUGCUCUCUCUAAAAAUAAAUAAAUCUUAAACAAAACAAAAAACCAAAGUGUAUAAUGUGAUGAGUUCCUAUGUGUAUCUACAUACCCAUGAGACCAUCACCACGAUCAAGACAAUGAACAUAUUCAUCACACCCCAGAGUUUCCUCGUGCCGUAAGGGGCACCCCUGCCCUCCUCCCCCUGCCCCAGGGCACCACUGAUCUGCUUUUUAUUAUUAUAGAUUAAGUUUCAUUUUCCAGAAUUUUCUGCAAAUGGAAUCAUACAGUAUGUACUUUUGAAAGCCUAAUUUCUU